CAACUUUGUGUUUCACUCAGUGCCCUUUUGUGUGGAGCAUGGUUGGCCGUUUGAAAUUUGAAUACGAAUAAUGCCUUGAUGAUAUAUGCCUUUCGUUAGAUUUAUAGAGAGUUUUGACCCUUUCCCCGCCCUGGGAGCGAGUUCCAUUCAAUAACGAAAGAGGCUGACGACGGCACAGCUGUAAACAGAUACCCUCUGUUACGUGCUACUGGUUGCACCGCAUGAUCACAGCUCACCUGGAGGACUACACGUAAGUCGGUGUCCGCAAUUGUGAAUGGACGUCACUGGGAGUAAUAUUGAACUUCAUAUGAAACAUAGCGACACAGAUACCAUGAUUGGAGACGGCAAUGGAGGCAGCAGAAUACUGCUGGUACUAUUGGUGGUCGUCGGUGUUGUCGCAGUUGUAGCACUCGUCGUUGCAUGUAUCAGUAUCACUAACAAGCCGAAUAUGACGUUUAACGUCGACGAUGGCGAUGAAAAAUCGUCAGAUAAGGAAUAUAUUUGGACCUUUGCUAUUGGCCAUGAUGGAACAUCUCUGGAAUACAUCGACGAAACAGGCGGGCUCAAAGGGUUCCACGUCGAUAUUGUUAACGCAGUUUGUCAAAUAGCAAACAAGAACUGUCGACUUAUUUUUGAUCUUUAUCAAAAUUGCUGGGACUCCGAGGUCGGCCAUUUUCCAUUCGCCGGAAAAGGGUUACUUGGCCGUUGGUAUGACGCCUGCACCGGAUGGUUUGCUACGUACGAGCGUCUUCGUAGUGUUGAUUUCACCGAUGAAUUCAGGUCAGCAUUCCCGGCUGCGUUUUAUGUGAAAAACGGUAAUAACAGGAAUUUUGACUGGACAAAUAUUGCCGGGAAAAAGAUUGCUAUAUUCGAUGGAUGGGCUUCGGAUGAAUAUUGUAUUGGCAGGAAUUCAGAAAAAAUAGCGGGCACUGAUGUAACUGACCCAAACCAGUUCAUUCAUUAUUCAAACAAACUGGCAAUAUUGAAUGCAAUUAACAACGAGUUGGUCGAUGCUGCGUUCGUCAAUACGAACAUGUUCACACAGACUGAAGCUGAGAAAGUAGGCGACGAUCUGACAUGCGUUAGAGGCGGGGGAGCGAUGAUGAUGCGUAAGGACAGCACACUGGCAUCUUGGUGGAAUCCGGCAUUUACACGCCUCAAGGAAACAAGCGAGUACCGCCAAAUAUGUCAGGCAGUCACCGACGAUCACGGGGAUAUGCCGGGAACUGUGGUCUGUGUUGACUAAAUAUUUCGCCACACACAAGAAGAAAGAAAUAUACACAUGGCGCCCUCUAGUGACCAAGCGCAUCUUGUCAGAGUUAUCUAAUAUUAACGUCAAGUAAUUCCGUGUGAUGCCAAUUAAUAUGAUGAUUCUCGAGUGUCCGGAGUGUCCGGACAAUGAGACAAUGACGUCAUUAAAUAUUCAAAUAUGUUGACUUCCUUGUAUGAGUUAGAAACUAAGUACACUUUUAGUUUAUAAUAAAACAGUUAAACUACCUGAAA